AUGCGUGCAUCUCAACAUACAUAUUUUAAAUGGACACCUAAGACAGUAGUAGCAUCUCUAGUACUGGGAAUUUUUGUUCCAAGUUGUAUUGGAUAUCUUGCUUUAAUUACUGAAGGAAGAUGGAAUUUCAGAGGUAAAGGUAUAAAGGACAAACUAACAGAGAACUAA